GAAGUCUCUGCAACCUGCUGAAAGAAGUAAAUGAUGGAGAGAAAAGAAAAGAAGAAGCUGCUUUGCUUGGGCUCACGUAGAAUACAGCAAAGGGGUCCUUUUGCUGGUUACCCACGGCACACACACACGCGCAGGUAGACGAGCGAAUGCAAUGCAAGGCCACACAGCCGCAUGCAUGCUAGCCUAGCCUGCUUCCCCAACCAACCAAACUCUUGAGACAGCAUAACACAUACCAGGGCCAGGCCGCCGGCGGAGGGGGAAAUCUAUGGCGGAGCUGGCGACGGGCGCCGUGACCACGCUACUGGGGGUGAUCAGCCAUGAGGCAGUGAGGCUCGGCCGCGUCCGACGCGACGUGCAGUUCAUCCAAGAGGAGAUGGAGAGCAUGGGCAGCUUCCUGGCCAACCUGUCCGGGAGCAGCCGCGAGCACGACGAGCAGGUCCGCACCUGGAUGAAUCAGGUUCGGAUCCUCGCCAACGAUUGCAACAACUGCAUCGACCUCUACCUCUACCGUGGCGACCCCGGAUUCCACCGGCCCAGGGGGGGCCUUCGCCUCUACCUCUGGUGGGCUCCCUGGCUGCUGCGCAAGCUGCUCGCGCAGCACCGAGCAGCCGGCCAUCUGAGGGAGCUCAAGGACCGGGCACAAGACAUUGGAAAUCGCCGAUUGAGGUAUGGCGUCGAGGUCAAAACGGCGGAGUUGUCAUCAUCUUCGGGUGCUGGUGUUGGGCUCACGGAGCCAUUGUUGCUGCCGGCCACACAAGACCAUGAAGAAGACGACGACGACCAAGACGGAGUGGAUCCACUCAAGGUGGCCUUGUCCAUGACUACUAUGAGUAUGACAAUGGACAUGGAUGAGUACUUUAGGACGAGGUUAGACCACUGGAUCGGAUCGGUGGUGCAGGCGGAGGCAGGGGCGGUGGCGGCGGAGGAAGACAUAAUGCCAGAAUCGUCGACCGGAUCAAACCCAUUACUACCAUGCAUCGUCUUUGUGGUAACCAAACCCGAGGAUGCUGACGCUCUUGGGCGUAAAGCCCUGGCCGUGGCAGAAGCCCAUUUGAAGCGGGUAGAGGACGCCCAUGAUAAGGUGGUUGUCCCACCGGAUGGCGCCCUUGCGCAUGAAGUUAAGGCUGUUGUGCCAUCGGAGACCAACGACUCCGACCCUCUUGUGCAUCAAGAUAAGGCGGCAGGACCAUCGGAGACCAAGGACGUCUGUGCUCUUGCAAAUGAAGAUAAUGAGGUUGUGCCAUCGGAGACCAAGGACACUGGCACUCUCCGCACAAAGACAAGGCAAUGCCAUUGGAGACCAAGGACGUCGGCGCUCUUGCGCACGAAGAUAAGGCGUUUGUGCCACCCAAGACCAAGGACAAUAGCACUCUUGUGCAUCAAAAUAAGGCGGCUAUGCCACCGGAGGCCAAGGACGGCAGUGCCACCGGAGACCAAGGACGUUAGUGCUCCUAUGGAUGAAGCUGAGGUGGAUGUGCCACCGGAGACCAAGGACCAAGAGAAGACAGUUGUGCCACCAAUGACCAAGGACGCGGGCGCCUAUGCGCCUGGAGAUAAGGCUAUGCCACUGGAGAACAAGGAUGUCAGCACUCUUGUGCACCAAGAUAAGGUUAUGCCACCAGAGACCAAGCACACUACCGACCUUGCCCAUGAAGAUAAGGUUGUGCCACCGGAGAUCAACGAUCCCAGCGCCGUUGUGCAUGAAGAUAAGGUUGUGCCACCGGAGACCAGGGAUGCCGACGCUAUAGCACAGGUUGUAGCACCGCGGAAUGUCCUUGUCUUGGUCGACAUCUCGGCGGUGCAUUUCGACUUUGUACCGCUACGGCCCUACAGGAUUCUCUGCUACAUCCUGCGUCAACUCAACCGGCAGCAAGGCACGACUCCUCCUACAACAAAAUGGGGUACUUAUGAUUACAUAAAGAGGAUGCUUCGUGCCAUCAAGGACGAGAUAAAAGAAAUCAAGGUCGACAAAACAAUUGAAGACAUCAAUUGCAACCUUGUGGAUGGUAAAGACCUGAUAAAACCAAAGGAGGAUGGAAAGGAUCUUGAAAAAAAAGUCACCAAUAAACCAUUGGGGCAACUCCUCUCGCUGCUCAUCUACUGCUCAACGACGACUGCAGCUGAAAAGGAAGACAAAAAGAAGAAAGCCAUGAUAGCAGAAGUGUACGAUGUCAUCAUCAAGCAAACAGCCAAGAAGCUUAAAAGGAAAAUAGAAGCAGGCGGCUCAAAUACAAAGCAACUCAAGGAGCCCGAAUAUGAAGACAUCCUAUGGAAGGUGUUCCCAAGGCCAAGCAGCAUCAGAACCAUCGCUACAAAUGGUACUCCUGGCACACUGGUCGAGGAUGAAAUCAAAGAUAUAGUCAAAGAGGUUAAAGGAAUGUUGCAUGAGCUGCGGGAAUUAGACAAAUCUGAGAAGAACCAAGAGACAGGCAGUGAACCAGCUCAAACUGAGGAAGAUUAUUUCAAAAAAACCAUAAAGAACAAGAAAGAAGAAAUCGAAUGGAAGAUUACGAAGCAACUGAUGGUUAAAAGGAUCGUGGAAAAGAUUCAAGAAUGUUUGGGAGAUGAUCAAAGGAGGAUUUUGGUCAUUCUCAAAGUUGAUUACAAGUAUGUACCCAAAUGGGAGAAGACCAGAAAAACUUUGGGCCUGUUGGAGUGCCCCAUCACCGGUGCUGUGAUUGUGGCCACAAAAACCACUCAACAGGACACCAAGCAAUAUUUUCACUGUCCAGAGAAGGAUCUUGUAGAAUAUUCUCUUGUUGGCCUCUACCUUGAUACUGUGCUCCAGCAUACAAGCCAUCAUAUGAAUGAUGACAAGAUCCGCAAGAUUGUUCACAACAUUUUAUGCGAGUGCAAGUCAGAUGAAUUCUGCAUGAAGAUAUUUGCUCAUGCAUUGUACGCUAAACCCAAGAGGGGCAGUGAAGAGUUGAGCAAGUUGCAUGGAUCCUUGCAAGCCAGUGCCGCACAAAAAUCAUUGCCCAGUAGGAUGUUCAAGUUCUCCUACAGGGAUCUACCUAAAGAGUAUAGGUCUUGUUUGUUGUACCUCGCUAUCUUCCCUCCAGGAAAACCCAUCAGGCGGUCAACCUUGAUCGGACGAUGGGUUGCAGAAGGGCUGAUUACCACCAAAGAAUGGCACUGGUCCUCUUCAGUGGAGGAAGCCGAUAAAUGUUUUGAUACACUAGUUGCCCGGUGCCUCGUUUGUCCUGCUGGCAUUGGUGCUACUGGAACGAUCAAGAGCUGCACGGUUCAUAAGACAGUUUAUGGAUUCAUUACCAAGAUCGCCAUGAAGCAGCACAUUCUGGAGACACGGCUGUCACAUCAGUUGGCUCACCACUUCUCUAUUUUCAGCGAUGUUCGUCUCCGCAGCUCUCAAAAGAUCGAAAAUUUCUUGGAAAAGUCAUCUCAGUUCUCCAAGCUCAAGGUGCUAGAUCUAGAGGGCUGUGAUUGCUUCCCGGAGUACCAGCACUACUUGAGGAACAUAUGCAGGAAGAUGCUAAUGCUCAAGUAUCUCUGCCUAAGGCGAACCAAUGUUACCGAGCUGCCCAGUGAAAUAAACAAUCUUCUUGAGCUGGAGGUAUUGGAUAUACGGCAGACCAAUAUUCCUGCGUCUGCAACAAGACAUGUCCUGCUCAGAAAGCUGAAACGUCUGUUAGCUGGUAAUGUUGAUUCAAGCCCUGUUGACUUCCCUGAGAAGAUCAAAAAGUUCAAUGUCAAGCCGCAGAAUCGUCUGAAGCUUCUGUUGGCCGGUCAUGUUGGUUCAAGUACGAGCAGUCGUGCUGACUUCUCCAGUGUUCAGAUCCCUGAGAAGAUCGAGAAAAUGGAGGGAGUGGAGGUACUGUCCAAUGUCAAACCGAAGAAUAACCAGGACUUGAAAGACAUUGGAAGUCUAAAUCAGCUCAAGAAGCUCGGUGUGGCUAUCAACAAGGAGAGUGACCUCCAGCCGUUGCUUGAAGCAAUCAGUGACCUCCUAACCCAGUCCCUCCGUUUUCUGUCAAUUACUCUAGACAUACCUAGACACAAGGGCACUCCAGCAGCUCUCUGUCUGAAAGAAGACUGCCCCAAUGUUCUUGAGAGACUAAGUAUCAAUGAAAGCACUGGCGCACAAAAGGGGCAGCUUCUUAAGAUAUUUUCCGAAAAUGGAAAGCAACUUGCCAAGGUAACUCUAACUGGCACUUUGCUGAGCCAGGAAGAUCUGAAGGUCCUUGCCGAGCUUGAGAACUUACUGUGUCUCAAGCUUCGACACAAUGCAUACACUGAUAGUAAGCUUGUCUUCAACAAGGGUAAAUUCAAAAAUCUUAAGAACUUCCAUGUUGAGGGAACCAGCAUAACUGAAAUCAGAUUUGAUAAUGGGGCUGCUAGUAAGCUCGAGAGGAUCAUCUGGUCAUUCACCAAAAUUGAUUCUCUGUCUGGAAUCGACAAACUUCCUGCAUUAAAGGAGCUGGAGUUGAAUGGUGACACUGUCCCUAAUGCGGUGAAAGAAGACAUCAAAAGACUAAAGAGUAGAUCAGCACAACCGAAGGCCUUCCCUUUACUUCCUCGGUGCAUCAUCAAUUCCUCCCAUGAUUUGGGUUUGUGAGUGCCCGUGUGGUUUGCCAUCGUGUGUUUCUGUCUACCAUUUAUGCCGAUUGAGUGGUGUGUAGGUGGGUGGGUGUCUCCAGUUACUUGUUCUGCAAUGAGUGCCUUGUGAUUGUGGUUGAGCAAAAUGGUUGUGCCUAUGCUCAUGUGUCUGGAUCUGUGUGGCUUUCCUCCGGACAAUAUGGUUUCAUGUAAUAAGUGCCUUCUAUGCACAUUUGACUUCUUACCGAUA